AUGGACAUUCCAGGCCAUAAGCGCUCUGAAGACAAUGCACGAUCACUCUUGAAUGGUGACGAUGCCAGCCAGCAUUACGGUGCAACCACAACAGACGAUGCGGCCCAAGUGGCUUCUUCAAGCUCACCUCGAGUGGUGCCUACUUCUCGAUCUUUCAGUGAGCAUAUUGAAGGCCUUGUAGGCUCGUACACACGUACAUCUUUGGCCUAUAUGACGGAAAACUUGCCGAUACCAUCUUCAGCCCAACCAUCCCCCGCUGCUGAUAAGCUGGCAAUACCAGAUGAGGAGCAAGCGAAUUAUUAUCAAGGAGAUCAAAGCUCUCUUCUUUCAAACCAGCAUUUGUAUGCAUUUUCAGAUGAUCAUCGACGACCUUCGUACUAUGACUCAACUCACUUGGGACCUACACCAGCAACAGGUGGUGAUGAUCGUUCAUCGUUACUCUCGUUCCAUGACAGCACUUACAGCUUUAUCGAGCCUACUUAUACCAACACCAGCAAGGAUAUGGAUUCCACCACCAUUGCUGAUCAUCAUCAACCUGUGGCAAAAUCAUCUUUUUGGCAAGCCGUAUUCAAUUCAACCAAUAUUUUAAUGGGUGUUGGUAUUCUUGCAUUGCCACUUGGGUUCAAGCUUGCAGGAUGGGUCAUCGGUACAUUGGUGUUUAUUUUUUGUUUCGUUGUGACCAACUACACUGCCAAGAUCCUUGCCAAAUGUUUGGAUGGUAAUCCUGGUGCUCAAACAUAUGGAGAUGUCGGGUAUGCUGCAUUUGGUACGCGUGGUAGAAUGUCUGUCUCUGCCAUCUUCGUCACUGAAUUGGUUGCAGUAUGUAUUGCACUGGUGAUCUUCCUUAGUGACACCAUUUCUUCGUUAUUCCCCUCCCUUCCACGCAUCAUUGUCAGCUUGAUUUCAUUCUUGGUCUUAACGCCCAUGUUAUUCGUACCUGUACGCCAUUUAUCCUAUGCCAGCUUAUUGGGUGUUCUUAUUGCUGUCAGCAUCCUUUUCCUCUUGCUGUUUGAUGGUUUCACAAAACCUGAUGCACCAGGUAGUCUGAUCGAGUCAGCGGAAACGGAGAUCUUCCCAUCCAACUGGCGAGUCAUGCCGCUAAGCUUCGGUCUCAUAAUGGCUGGAUUUGCAGGACAUUCCGUGUUUCCCCACCUAUACAGGGACAUGGAGAACCCGAAAGAAUACGAAUCCGUUGUCGAUUUGUGCUAUGUAGCAACAGCCAUUGUUUAUUUCUUUGUGGCUGCAUGUGGCUAUCGCAUGUUUGGGGUGGAUACUUUGGAAGAGAUCACGCAAAACAUUGUUGCUAUACCCGAAUACAAUCGCCUAGUGAAUUUGACCGUGCUAUGGUUACUUGCACUUAACCCUGUAUCCAAAUACGGUUUGUCACUAAAACCGGUUGACACAACAUGGCAGCUUGCUUUAUUACGGCAUCCAAAGAUCGACGUGUGGUACAAGGAGAAUCCGAGAUAUGGCCGUGUGUUACUUGGAAUAGGCACGCUGAUACUUAGUGCGACGAUUGUGCUGAUGGCCUAUUUGGUACCUGGCUUUGACAAUGUUAUGGGCUUAUUAGGCGCCUUUUUUGCAUUUGUGAUCUCUGCUAUAUUCCCACUCAUGUGCCAUCGCAAAUUAUACCAAAGCUCUACACCGCGUUGGCAAAAGAUCCUUGACUAUAUCCUCAUUUUCAUUUCCGUUGUCAUGGCAAUUGCCGGUACUUGGGCAAGCAUUACAAAGUAA